GUUAAGGAAGAUGCAGAGACGCCACAGCAGCAACACGGAUAACAUUCCACCUGAAAGAAACCGCAGCCAGACGCUCAGCUCUGAGGCGAGUGUGGAUGAAGGCGGCGUCUUUGAGAGUCUGAAGGCAGAGGCGGCCUCCCCACCAGCGCUCUUCUCGGGCUUAUCAGGAAGCCUCCCCACCAGCUCGUUCCCCUCCAGCCUGGUGCUGGGCUCCUCCGCUGGCGGUGGGGACGUGUUCAUCCAGAUGCCCGCAUCCAGGGAGGAAGGAGGGGGCCGGGGCGAGGGGGGUGCCUACCACCACCGCCAGCCCCACCACCACUUCCACCACGGCGGCCACCGUGGGGGCUCCCUGCUGCAGCACGUGGGUGGGGAGCACCGGGGGCACUCGGAGGAGGGAGGUGACGAGCAGCCUGGGACGCCUGCCCCUGCCCUGUCCGAGCUGAAGGCUGUGAUCUGCUGGCUCCAGAAAGGACUCCCCUUCAUCCUGAUCCUCCUGGCCAAACUGUGCUUCCAGCAUAAGCUCGGCAUCGCUGUGUGCAUUGGGAUGGCUAGCACCUUCGCCUAUGCCAACUCCACGCUCCGAGAACAGGUCUCUCUGAAGGAGAAGAGGUCGGUACUGGUCAUCUUGUGGAUCUUGGCCUUUCUGGCGGGGAACACCCUCUAUGUGCUUUAUACAUUCAGCUCCCAGCAGCUGUACAACAGCCUCAUAUUCCUGAAGCCCAACCUGGAGACACUGGACUUCUUUGACCUGCUGUGGAUCGUGGGGAUCGCAGACUUUGUUCUAAAGUACAUCACCAUCGCCCUCAAGUGCCUCAUCGUGGCCCUGCCCAAGAUCAUCCUGGCCGUCAAGUCCAAGGGAAAGUUCUAUCUGGUCAUCGAGGAGCUGAGCCAGCUGUUCCGAUCCCUUGUCCCCAUCCAGCUGUGGUACAAAUACAUCAUGGGUGACGACUCCUCCAACAGCUACUUCCUGGGAGGGGUCCUGAUCGUUCUCUACAGCCUCUGCAAGUCCUUCGACAUCUGUGGACGCGUGGGCGGAGUUAGGAAAGCCCUGAAGCUUCUCUGCACCUCUCAGAACUAUGGAGUCCGAGCCACUGGGCAGCAGUGCACAGAAGCCGGUGACAUCUGUGCCAUUUGUCAGGCCGAGUUCCGAGAGCCUCUGAUUCUCCUGUGCCAGCACGUGUUCUGUGAGGAGUGCCUCUGCCUGUGGCUGGACCGGGAGCGCACCUGCCCGCUCUGCCGCUCGGUCGCCGUGGACACCCUGCGCUGCUGGAAGGACGGCGCCACGUCCGCACACUUCCAGGUGUACUAGGACCGAACAACCGAACACUGAGGACACCCGGAAGGACGCCGAGGGUCAGCAUGCUCGGACCCAGCCCUGCGGGGGCUUCCUGAAAAACAGGCCUCAAGCACUUACAUCCUGCCUCUUGCCCGCCACCACUUCUGACCCCAAAACCCCGCCGCUGUCUUGUCCUUCUGACCUUCACCUUCCUCUCUCGUUCUGUGGUGUAGUGCGUGCCUCCUUCCCCUGCAAAAGGGGACGACUUCCUGACUCAGACUUGAAGCCCUUCUAGAUGCGUCUUCCUUCUCCGCCCCAAGUCAAGGACCUGGCAAUACAUGAAGUUCCCACUUGUCCGUUAUUUUCUUUCUUU